UCAUGGCAGGGCGGGGCCGCAGCGUCCUGGACCAGCGCCUGGACCCUGGCUGGUCUCGCAAUGGAGAGGGCUGGAUCCGAGGGACGCUUGACUUUCAGGGAUGUGGCUAUAGAGUUCUCUUUGGAGGAGUGGAAAUGCCUGAACCCUUCGCAGAGGGCUUUAAACAGGGCCGUGAUGUGGGAGAACUACAGGAACCUGGAGUUUGUGGAUAGCUCUUUAAAAUCUAUGAUGGAGUUCUUACCAACCGGGCACGGUAAUACAGGAGAAGAGUUCCACACAGGGACAUUGGAAAGACAUAAAAGUCAUCACAUUGGAGAUUUUUGCUUCCCAGAAAUCAAGAAAGAUAUUCAUCACUUUGCGUUUCAGUGGCAAGAAGUUGAAAGAAAUGGUCAUGAAGCACCUAUGACAGAAACCAAAGAGUUGACUGGUAGUCCAGACCGAUAUGAUCAAAGGCAUGCUGGAAACAAGCCUAUUAAAGAUCAGCUUGGAUUAAGCUUUCAUUCGCAUCUGCCUGAACUGCACAUAUUUCCGACCGAAGGGAAAAUUAGUAACCAAGUGGACAAGUCUAUCAGUGGUGCUUCCUUAGCUUCAACAUCCCAAGGAAUUUCUUGUAGGCUCAAAACCCAUAUUUCUAAUAAGUAUGGCAAAAAUUUCCUCCAUUCUUCAGUACUCACACAAAUACAGGAAGUAUGCAUGAGAGAAAAACCUUGCCAAUAUAAUGAGUGUGGCAAAGCCUUUAAUUAUAGCUCACUCUUUAAGAGACAUCACAUAACCCAUUCAAGAGAGAAACAGUAUAAAUGUAAUGUAUGUGGCAAGAUCUUUAAUCAGAAGUGAUGCCUUGCAUGUCAUCGUAGAUGUCACACUGGUGAGAAAACUUACAAGUGUAAUGAGUGUGGCAAGACCUUCAGUCAGAUGUCAUCUUUUACAUGCCAUCAUAGACUUCGUACUGGAGGGAAACCUUACAAGUGUAAUGAGUGUGGCAAGACCUUCAGUUGGAAGUCAUCCCUUAGAUGCCAUCGUAGACUUCAUACUGAAGAGAAACCUUACAAAUGUAAUGAGUGUGGCAAGACCUUCCAUCAGAAGUCAUCCCUUCAAUGCCAUCGUAGACUUCAUACUGGAGAGAAACUUUACACAUGUAAUGAAUGUGGCAAGAUUUUUAGUAGAAGACAAAACUUUGCACAUCAUCAUAGACUUCAUACUGGAGAGAAACCUUACAAAUGUGAGGAAUGUGACAAAGUUUUUGGUAGAAAAGCACACCUUGCACGUCAUCAUCAAAUUCAUACUGGAGAGAAACCUUACAAAUGUGAAGAAUGUGACAAAGUUUUCAGUUGCAAAUCACACCUUGAAAGACAUAGGAGAAUUCACACUGGAGAAAAACCAUACAAAUGUAAGGUUUGUGACAAGGCUUUCCGGAGGGAUUCAUGCCUUGCACAACAUCAGAGAGUUCAUACUGGAGAGAAACCUUACAAGUGCAAUGAGUGUGGCAAAGCCUUUAGUGGGAAGCCAGCACUUAUUCACCAUCAGUGAACUCAUACUGGAGAGAAACCUUACAAAUGUCAUGACUGUGGCAAGGUCUUCCGUCAAGCUUCAUCCUAUGCAAAGGAGAAUUCACACAGGAGACAAACUCACAAGUGUGAUGAUUGUGGCAAAGCCUUUACUUCACGUUCACAAGUCAUUAGGCAUCAGAGAAUCCAUACUGGACAGAAAUCUUACAAAUGUCAUAAGUGUGGCAAGGUCUCCAGUCUGUGGGCACUCCAUGCAGAACAUUAGAAAAUUUAUUUUAUUUUAUUUUUUUUUUUUGAGACGGAGUCUCGCUCUGUCACCCAGGCUGGAGUGCAGUGGCGCAAUCUCGACUUACUGCAAGCUCCGCCUCCUGGGUUCACGCCAUUCUCCUGCCUCAGCCUCCCAAGUAGCUGGGACUACAGGGGCCAGCCACCACGCCCGGCUAAAUUUUUUUGUAUUUUUAGUAGAGACGGGGUUUCACUGUGUUAGCCAGGAUGGUCUCGAUCAGAAAAUUCAUUUUUGAGAUAAUUGUUCCAAAUGAAUAUAGAAAAUCAUAAAGCUUUAAUUGACAUUACAGUCAAUUCAGCAUUAACUUGAGUUUGAGUUAACAUUGAGUUCAGGCAUUAAUUGACAUGAAAAGUGUUAAUGUUACGAAGAAUGGGCCAGGUGCGGUGGCUCAUGCCUGUAAUCCCAGCACUUUGGGAGGCCAAGGCAGGUAGAUCACUUGAGGUCAGCAGUUUGAGAUGAGCCUGGCCAACAGACUUGAGCCACUUUACCCAGCCUGGUUUUAAUUUUUAUUUUUUGAGAUUGAGUCUUGCUCUUGUCACUCAGCCUAUAGUGCAAUGACAUGAUCUCGGCUCACUGGAACCUCUGCCUCCUGCAUUCAAGCAAUUCUCCUGCCGCAGUCUCCUGAGUACCUGGGAUUAGUGGUGUGCGCCAACACACCAUGCUAAUUUUUAUAUUUUUAUUUAUUUUUAUUUUAUAUUUUAUUUUAUUUUUGACUUGAGAUGGAGUCUCGCUCUUGUCACCCAGGCUGGAGUACAGUGGUGUGAUCUCACUGCAACCUUUGCUUCCUAGGUUCAUGCAAUUGUCCUGCCUCAGCCUCCUGAGUAGCUGGGCUUACAGGUGCCUGCCACCAUGCCUGGCUAAUUUUUGUAUUUUUAGUAGAGAGGGGGUUUCUCCAUGUUGGUCAGGCUGGUCUAGAACUCCUGACCCCAGCUGAUCCACCCACCCCAGCCUCCCAACGUGGAAAGAUUACAGGCAUGAGCCACUGUGACUGACUUUUUUUUUUUUUUUUUUUUUUGAGCCUGUUUUGCAGCGUUUACAAAUAUCAGGGUUUUCCCACGAGAUCAUGAAGAUUUUCACGUAAGAGAUUUCUGGCCAUUUGUGUUGGUGUUGGCAGUAAAGGUCAAGCAGGAAUAUGUAAUAACAUUCAAGCUCCCCACCUUUGGCCACAUUCCUGCAUUUCUAGUUCAUAUUUUGACGAAACUCAGCUACUUGGGAGGCUGAGGCAGGAUAAUCACUGGAACCCAGAAGGUGGAGGUUGUAGUGAGCCGAGAUUGCACCAUUGCACUCCAGCCUGGGCAAAAAAAAAAAAAAAAAAGUCUAAAAAAAAGUCAUGCGUCUUCUCCUCUUUCCGUCAUUGUGGUGUGUGCUUGACUCCGCUUCUCGCCAUGUCUUCUCACAAGACUUUCAGGAUUAAGGAAGUCCUGGCCAAGAAAAGCAAAAUUGUCCCAUUUCCCAGUGGACUCGCAUAAAAACUGGUAAUAAGGUCACAAUCAUGUUACCAUAUCAAGCUGAAAAUGUCACCACUAUCUGGAGAGUUGGACAUGUUUUAUUGGGAAUAUAUUUUUUAAUCUCUGAAUCUGGUAUGAAUGCAUUGGUUGGCUGGGUUCAUUAAUAAAUAUGUGAAACAUUUCAUUUCAAAAAAA